GAGAUUAAAGCAGUGCAAUACCAGACUUCUUCGGGUUCUGUUCGAUUCAUUUUGCAUCUCAUAUAGUUUCACUUACUUCCCAGAAUUUGGUUUGAUGGUGAUUGAGUUUGCUGCUUAGAGCUACAUUAUUUUCUCAUCCUUACAGUAUUAUUAGAAGUCUAUACAUGUGAAUAUGCGAAUGAACAAAGAUGCCUAUUAUCCGGACGCUGAAAGAGACUGGUCAUAGCUAUGAGGCUGCAAAACAAAGAUUGUUGGAAGCCACAGCUCACCUACAAGAUGAUGAUGGCGAUACAGCAGCCAAUCUGCAAGUGCAUAGAGCACCCAAAAGAAAUAGAAUCAUCAGCGAUUCAUCGUCAUCUUCCUCCUCAUCAUCAGAUGAGAAGCGUGAUGAUGAUGAUGACGGGGACGACGAUGCCGAUGAUGAUGAGGAAGAAGACGUCGUAUCUCAGAAAAGACAGCGGGGGAGGGAAAAGAAAUUGCUUCGAAAUCUUGAAAAGGAAAUGAAGAGAAAGCGAACAAUUGUUUCCAUCAGCCGUCCAUCCUUGUACAAGCGAACAGAGACUCAUCCGAUCACCCCUGCAAAACCCAAGGCAAAGAAACCAAAAUCUGCCAUGUCUAUGAUAUCGGCAUUGAAUGAGAGCAGUGAAGAUUCGGACAGCGAUGAAGAAUCAGAAGUUGAACUCACUAAAGAAGCUCAGGAAGAGGAAGCGUUCUCACUCUACAAGAAAGCGCUUGAGUUUCAACGCAGUGGGAACGUGGAAAAGGCACAAGACAUUUACAAUGAACUCCUUCAGACAAGAUUCCUUUCUAAGGUGAAGGUUUCUCCGGAUGAGAGGAGAGGAGCAGUGACCAAUACAGCAAUAACCCUGAAAUACUCAAGCUACAAGAAUCUGGGUAAUCUGGCACUCGGAAAGGACGAUAUGAAUACUGCUAUGGAAAACUAUCUGGAGGCUGUCAAUUUAGACAGUACCGACGUCACCCUCUGGUAUCGGAUUGGCACCGUAGCGGUCAAGCUGAGUCAGCUAGCCCUGGCUAGGGUGGCCUUCGAGCAGGGCCUGAAAUGUUCUAAACUCCAUUGGCCUUGCUUGGAUUUCCUCUGUACAAUCCUAUAUGCCAUCAAUGACUAUGUCACUUGCCUAUACUACAUCGCUCAGGCCCUAGAAAGAGACAAACGUUACACAAAAGGUUUAGCCCUGAGAGAUCAGAUUUACUCUGAACAGCCUUGUCUCAGAAGAGAUUGUUUAGAUCUGUUCAAACACUGCGAUGAUGAUGUCUAUUACCAUGAAGUACCCAAAGAUAAGCGAAAAAAGAUAGUAGAUGAUGCAUUGGCCCUGAGGCAUAAGAGACAAGAGCUUGCCAAACCUCCACCUUUACCUCGAAUCAAGUUCCUUCAACCCUUGACUGAACUUAGGUGGAAGCCUCUUGGAGAAAGACUAAUUGCCCUUUAUGAUCACAUGACUUCAAAGGAUCCACCAAUGAGUCUUGUCACUAUAAUUGAUAUGGAGGAUUACAAGUCAAAAGAACCAGUACCCAAAGAUGUCUCACAAACGAGUGCUGAGAUGGAGUCAUCCCCUAUUCCGAUGGAUGUAGAUCCAUCCCAACAGAAGGCUGCUGAAACAUCCCCGAUCUCCAGCAGAACAGGAGGGGACAUGGAGAACAGUCAGAUACCCACAGAGACCCCAGGGCACAUGGGAGAGCAGACCCAAGGGCAGAGAGAUGAAGCCGUGGCUGAAGCAGAAGAAUCAAAACAAAAAGAUUCUGUAGAGUACGUGGAUGUAGAAACUGUGUCGGAUACAAAAAUCAACCCUGAUGAGAGCAAAACUAAAGUAGAGGAUGCUGGGUCACCGAAACCGAUGGGAACUAUUGGAAGUUCUGCCAGGACCCUGAAGCAGAUUGCAGAAUCCUAUCUGAAGAGUCUGGAGGGAGGAUCGAGACAGGAUGCCACAGUUGCAUCAGCUACAGAAAUGGAAAGAGGGCAGGAACCUCCUGAUAGCACCACUGCAGGGCUAGACUCCACCCCAGCCGCAUCAGACCUGCCAAACAUUGAACUGCAGGCAGACAGUACAGCCGGGAGUAGCCAGGAUAGCAUUCAACAGUCUGGUAGGGAGUCUACCGUGUGCGAGUCUUCUCAGGACAAAGCAAAGCUGCAACCUGAUGAUGAAAUGUCUAUGGACGUCGAGGAUGCCAAAUCAGAAAAGAGCCGGAGAGGACACAAGAGGAAGAAAAUGUUACGGGAUAUGCCAGCCCCUGGGAAACGACGCUCAGCUCGGGUGCGUAAUACUACAGUAAAGAAAAAAGAAGAAGAGGAGAUAAUAAACUAUACUGAGGUACUCCGUCAGUUCCUUCCAUCAACUCUCUUGGCUAGUGAUGAUGAGGAGGAGGAGUUGGAGCCCAAGAAGUCCGGAGAGAAUGUCUCUGUGGAACCAGAUGUAAAGAAAACAAGGGAAUCCCCUGUGUAUGACAGAGAUGCCUUCAGAGCCAAUGAAUCGGAUGAUGUUCACAGUUUACUUGUUGAGUGUCAGUUGAAUAAUGGCAUCAUUGAUGUCAUGAGCAGGUAUCUUGAAAGGCUGGUAGCCAAACACGAUAUAAGAUGGCCUGAUGGACUGGUAGCUGUGUUCCUUGAUGUUUACAAACGAUUGAGAAAGCAUAUCAGUCUGCCUGAGUUAUUCUGCUGUGACGAGGACGAGAUGGUCGUUCGUGAGAUGAGUAUGAUGUGUCUUCUAUCAGCGGAGUUCAACCUUGAUCGGUGUCUGUCUGCGAAGACUAAUGGUAAUACGCCAGCAGCAUCACCAGCCAUGCUUGGUGCAAAUACCACAACUUGCACCUUCAAAUGGGGAGAGCACCAUGAAGAUGAUAUGAUGUACCUCCAGGAACUCACCUUGAUGCAGUACAUGCUACCAGACCUGUGGCCUGUGGUACCAGCAAGAGUACACUGGCUGCAGGCUCGGUAUUAUCUUCAGAUCGGAAAAACGGCGGAAGGUGAAGAAGCGUUUGAGAGGUGCAAAGAAGUUCUGAAGAGAGAGGAGGAGAAGAGGAAGGAUGAUAGACAACAAACGAAGGAAGGAAAAGAGGAGGAGGAGGAGAAGAUGGAGAUCGAUGAAGAUGUUGCGAUGGAAGACCAGAGGCCGACUGAAGUUAGAGUGACAAACAUCAAACAUGGAGCAAUGAUAUCAAUAGCCAGCAUCACAUCUGAGGUGGAGUCCCUGCAGCGAUGCCAAAGCCUGGAGCAGCUCCAACGUCUCCAUGCCUCGGGGGAACAUGGGAAGGUGGUGGAGCUCCUCCGCCCCACCCUCAGACACACGCCGAGGGCGGUGCGUCCGGAGAAUACCCCCGAGAGAUGCUCCCAGCUUCUUCUUCUCAUCCAGUCACAGAUGGAGCUAAAAGAUACCAAAGAAAGUAUAUUCUGUUGUGUUCUUGGAAUGGUUGAGACGUGGCAAGGUGUCCAGCGAGAUGGGUUGCAAGCCUUCCAUCAACUCUGGUUGGAAACCCUCAAUAAGAUACUUCACCAUCUUCAAAGAGCAUUUGAGUGUUGUGAGAUCAGUUCAUUGGGGACGGGAGGAACUGGAUUACUGAGAAAGGCCGUCAACAUUUUGAUCAAGAUCAUAGAAUGGACCAUGGAUCAAAAUGAUGUCAACGAGACAACCAAUCCCACAUCAAUCAUGCCUUGGGUUGUUCUAUACCAUAUCAUUAAAUACGAGGAAGACCACUUAGCGGCUAAAAGCCUGCCCUCGUCUGACCAUGAAGGAGCAGAUGGAAGUUGUUCACCCAGCUCAGUUCCAAUGUUAUCAUCUUCCCUCAUGCUACUUGAGAAUGCUCAUGAUUACCUGGGCAGACAAUCCUGGUGUUGUAACUGCGAGGGAGCCCUUCUGAAGCUGUACAUCCGGGUCCUAAGCACAGAGCUUGGCAAGUACUCUGAGGAUGAGAGGCACCCAUUCUCGAGUGACCUUCGACAUACCUUAGAACAGUGUUUCUUCUGUCUUUAUGGACAUCCUACCAAGAAGACUAAGACGAGACAUCUCCAGGAUCAUGGAGCGAUUGAGGUCCAACUCGACUGGUCCAACUGCUGCUACAUCUUCGAUUACUUCAAGCCAAAGACCUUCCCAGAGUUUGACAGCUACAAGACCAGUUCCAUGUCCGCCGAGCUGGAAGGCCUCCUGCUCAAGAUCUCUAAGGUCAUUCCACAGGACACCAGACCUGAGAAUGCUCUGGAGCUGGUUCAGGGCUACGUGGAUGGGAGCAACGAGAAGGCCCCGGUGCUACCAGAAGGGUUCCAAGUUUCAAGCACUGUAGUCCAAGAGCUAUACUAUCUUCUGGCUGACUUUUACUUCAAGAAUAAAGAUUUUGGGAAAGCUAUCAAGUUCUACCUACAUGACCUGUGCGUAUCGCCAGACCGGUUAGAUAGCUGGGCUGGUAUGGCCCUAGCUCGGGUCGGGCGGCUUGACCUCAAACUCAAUAACUCGACGGAUGCCAAGAGCGAUGGACCGAUCUUCAAACAUGGCGUCGCAGCGUUGCGAUGUUUCAAGCGAGCACUGGAGAUUGACGCUACCAACUAUUCGCUCUGGAUUGAAUACGGUUCUUACGCAUAUAUUCUUCAUUCACAUGCGUCCAGACAAAUUAAGCAGAAAGACCAGCUGAAUGUCAGCGACGAAGACGUUGCCUUGUUGAGUGUGAAACAAGCGGAAAUGCUGGAGGAAGCGGAACACUGCUUCAAGCGAGCCUCGAUGUGCGAGGGAGAAGGCGACGAGGAAUGGCUCGUUCAUUAUAUGUUGGGCAAGGUCGCCGAGAAGCGACUUCUGAUGGAAGAGAGCUUGCAACAUUAUCUCAAGGCUAGUUAUCAUCUUCAUGAGAGUGAAGCAAGAUACCCAAAGAAGAUACCCUACCACAACCCAACAGAUUUCUCGUUAGAAGCUCUUGAGAUGUACUUCAGGAUCCAUUCGGCCAUCUUGAAGCUUGUCCAGUGCUCGCUGCCAGGUACAAAGAUCAAGUUGGACGAGUACGGGACACUAGAGGGCCUCGUUCAAGAAGCAGCCCAGCUUCCUUUUGUCAGAGCAGAGGAGAAGAAGAGAGAGCCUAGUAGCGAACCAUCAACAGACACUGAACAGGAAUCAAGGAUACGCCCUUCCAAACCUGACACGCCCCCAAGCCUUGCCCCUAAGAGGCGUGGCAGCCCCAUCUAUGUUGCCACGCCCCAGGAUCAUGACUAUCUUCAUGAAAAAUACCGCAGAUCUAGGUCAAGGGUCAGCAGUCAAGAGGAUCCGACCACAGAUACCGCUUCUGAGAGUGACAUCUUCUCAGGUGACGAGAGCAUGUCAUCCUUCCUCUCUGCCCAACGUAGCGCCAUCACGCUACGCCCCGUCCCUGCCCGUCGUGCCCUGUCUGUGGCAGAGUCCCAGGCGGUCCCAACAACAACCGACAGUGCGCCCUCUGUUGUUAGGAUAGAAGAAGGGAAACCUGGAGCGGAAGAAGAAACGAUCAUGGGAGAUUCUCCUAACCAGCCUGUGCAAGAUCAACCUGAAAGUAGAACCACCCCUGAGGACAUCACUGCGACUGCACCUACAGACACCAAGCAAGAGGUCCCUGACAUAGUCAUCUCCAAGUCAAGUCCAGAAAGGCAACCUGCAGCUGGACAGGGUGAAGAUAUUGAUGGUGUUCCUUCCGCUUCAACUGAUGGAAUGCAGGUCCUGACCGAGAAACUUGAUGAGCAGAGAACUGAGUCAUCUAUGGCUGUUGGUUUCUCAGAUGAUGUGGAUCCUAAUACUGCAGUUCAUGGUCUAGGUGCAGCAGAUGCAGAGGAACCUGCUCCAACUUCCAGAGAAGAAGAAACAAACAAAAGUGAGAAGGAAAAGACUGAUGGACCAGCUGAAGUUAGUAUGGAGGUGGAUGAGCCAGGAGCUGUCCAGAAGAUUGAAGCUGAAGAAUCUAUAGAACAACAUAGUGAACAUCAGAAGGAAGCAAAAGAAGCACUUGAGGGGACUUUGGAGGGCAGUGUGGUUGAAGAGGAAAAGAAAACAUUGCUAUCAAGGGAUAGGAUAGGAUCUGGGAAUGGAGUUGGGGAGGUUGACAAAGAGAGUGUUUGUGAACCUGAGAAAAUGGAAGUUAUUGAGGGAGGAGAUAGUAAAGACAACGAAGCAGAUGGAUUUAUUCCUCAGCAAGAGGAGCAAAAACUGAGCGGUGAUGCAAAUAAAGUUCUCCCAGAAGGGACUGCAGUAGCUUCUGAGGAGAUGGAGACUGAAGCACAAGCACCUCAAAUGGACAACAAAGGAAAGGAGCAUCAGGAAGAGCGAGGGUUGAAUGAUAAUGAAAACAAGCCAAGGAUCCUUGCCGUCGAGAAGGAAGGGGAGACUGCAGAGCUAGGUUACCAAGGUAUUGAAAGUGAAGACCUUUCAGGUCUACCUUGUCCUGAGAAAGGGACAGAGCCUACAGGAGUUGCAGAGACACAGGAAGCGGACUGCACAGAUGUUGAAGCAAAAGACACUGUAGCAAUGUAUGAUGCACCAAGAAUUAGCGAUGUCCAAAAUGAAAGCAGUGACGAGAAAAAAGUUCAGGAACAGAAAUCGGGUGAAAGUGAAGUAGAUAGAAUAGGUCGAGCUAGUCCCAAGGUAGAUGGCCUUUCACAGGAAGCAGGAGACACUGAUAAUGUCCUUCCUCUUCAAGGAAGUCUAGGUGGUAAGGCAAAGGGAGGUGAUCCCGAGGAGAUGGAUCAGGAGAGUUCAGCAGAAGAUGGCAAAGGCCAAAAGUAUGAAGAUCUAGAAAAGGAGAUAAAGACUGAUGUGAGUGAAAUGAAUCCACAGGAAAAGGCUGACGAAGCAAUGGACACCAGUAUUCAAGAAAAGGAUGACAGGGUCCAAGGCAAAGAGAUCCUUGCCACAGAGACUCCUGAAAGCACUGUAAGAGCAACCUGGGGGAAAAAGGAUAAGGAAAAAGCUGAAGAUAAUGCUGUUACCAAAGAGGAAACAAGUGAAAGGACCCUGGGCGAGACUCAAGUAAAGCCUGAAGGGGAAAUUCAAGAAAAGAAAGUAGAAAUUCAAGGAAAGAAAGGAGAGACUCAAGAAAAGAUGGGAGAAACUCAAGAAAAAUCAGAAGAAACUCAAAGAAAGACAAAUGAAACACCUGGAAUGAGAGAAGAUACUCAAUUUAAGAUGGAAAGAGUACCUCAAGGAAAGACAGAAGGAGAGACUCUUGGAAAGAAAGAUGGAGAUUCUCAAGAAAAUACAGGAGAAACUCAAGAAAAGAUGGAAGAAGAGCCUAAAGGAAUGACUCAAUCAGAGACUCAAGGAGAGAUGGAAGGAGAUUCUCAAGAAAAUACAGGAGAGACUAAAGGAAAGACAGGAGAGACUCAAGAAAAGACAGAAGAGACUCAAGAAAAGGCAGGAGAGACUCAAAGAAAGCAAGAAGAGGGGACUCAAGGAAAUACAGAAGAAACUCAACAAACAGCAGGAGACAUGAUGGUACAGUCUCAAGGACAGAAAGAAGGGGAUACUCAAGGAAAGGGAGGAGAGAUUGUGGUUGAUGAGAAGACCAAGAAGAGGCAUCUUCAAUUGAUUGAUUCUUGUCUUGGAGCCAUGAGGUUGUGCCUUCAGCGAUUUCCUCAGCAUUACAAGGCAGCGUACAGAAUGGCUUACCUGUAUGCCUAUGCUCCAACACACAAGAACUUAGCCUGGAGUAAGGACAUCUUGAUUGGAAGCAGCAGUGGGUAUCCGCCAAAGACUCCUGCGGAUCACAUUGUUGCACCGGGCCUCUUCUCGGAGCAGCACAAGAGCAAGAAUCUCUUCCAGGGAAUCUGGAGGAAUCCUAUUCAGGAUAUCGAUCGGUCUGGUAGUUUCCCGUGGCACAUGUAUCGCUCCGUGGCUCUUCUGGUCUACAUCUUACGGGAAUUGAAAGACUACAUCCUCCUCCUACAGGUCACCUCAAAACUCUAUCGCAUUCCAGAACAGGGCAAGAAAUAUCUCAGGGAUGCGGACCGUCUUUUCCUGGCCCGGGAAGCUUUCGACUCGUACCGGGAAACCAUCAAAUCACAGCUCGUCGUACCGACGACAACAGCCGAGCGACGCCUUUCACUCCUGCUUUCGUCUUAUCGCUGUUUCCAGUAUACCCAACUGAAGCAGCCGACCCUUACGUCUCGUGCCUCGGAGCUGAUGACCACAGCCUUCAAGGCGCUUAAAGGCGAUGCGAUUGAGCCAGGGCCACCUUUGGUAGACCAAGCUACAAGAUUCUGUGAACACCACAUGACCAUUCACAAGAUACCUAGGACUCCAACCCAUGGUGAGGGUGUCCAAUCCAAGGGCUAUCAACGGGACUUUCUGUCUGGCUCCACAAGACCUGGGGUGUCCUCAGAGACUAGGAGACCAAGUGGACGAUCUUCUUCAUCCAGUUCAGACCAAGGAGGGUUUGAGCAAUUGGAAAAGGAUGGGAAGACUGCAGGCAGAGGAGAACCAAUAGAAUCUGUAGAAGGUGGGUCAAGUAGGACAAAGACUGCUGCAGAAGGUAGUGUUGGUAUGCCAGUGAAGACGCCUUUGGACAGUACCACCCAUGUGAGUUCACGAGAUGCAGAACCAGGAAGCAAGGAAGGACUGCUGCCUGGUGAAAAGUCAAGGGCCACGUCCCUGGAGGGAGGUGGUGCAAGGAAAGCGGAAGGAAGCGCCUCCGGGACGCCAGAAGGUGGUGUUAAGCGCAGGUUUUAUGAGAUGGAAAGUACAGGCGCGAACAUUGCAAGUAUAGUCCAGGCUGCAGCACGCCAGUAUGAAAAGACAGAGGCUCAGCGGAGAGAGAGGCUCGGGCAGAGUUCAUCUGUGAUUCCUCAAGCGAAACGAUUUGCCAGUGGCAGCAUGGAAACUCCCGGUGGCAAGGCCUUCUAUGAGUCAACCCCAAGGGUACAUAUUGGAGCACUUGGCUCGGUGACUACUAAUCCUAGGCAACCUCAACAACGUCCCAGUUCUUUGGUUGGGACAAGCAAACAGGCCAUAUCCUCAGCCUCAUCGGCAAGUACUUCAAUAAUAGGGAGCAUGCAGGUUGGUCAGUCUCAGAGUCUGCCGAAAGGCCCUUCACGCCAGUCCCAAGUAGUGAUCAAGAAAUCUGCUGCCACUAAAAGUCCUCUUUCACCACCACCCUCAGGCACAGGAUCCUUUGCAGACAGUUUCCAGAAGUUCCUGAAGACGCAGCAGAAGCAGUUGAGCUCUGUCGUCAGAACCUUCAAUGUCCCUAGUCCUGAAUCCUCAGUGAGGCAGAAUCCUGCUCCUGUCAGCAAGGUCGUGUCAGGAUCGUUGCUAGGGCAGAUUGGUCUGGGGUCGGUCAUGCCGAAGGCUCGGCAAACUCCUGGUGCGACCGUUGCUUCAGUGCGACCCAAACUUCCUGUUGCUUCUGUCCGACCUAAACCACCUGUUGCUUCUGUCCAUGCUUCUCUAAGUCAAAGCAGCAGUCAGCCACCAAUGCCGCGUCCUGGAAUCUCUCAAGUAGCAAAGAUCACAUCAUCCACGCCCUCCGCACCAGGGGUCAGACAAGUGUCGAAGGUCGGAGGUCACAGAGAAUCACCGGCUGCUGGGAGAAUGCAGUCCUUACUUAUGCCAUCAAGAUUGCCAAUGGCUAAUGUUGGCAGAGGAACUGCAACACCGGAAGCCUCAAGGCUGGUUCAGCCUGGUAGCUCCAGUGUUCCUGAGAGGACUCAGCGCAGUGGGGAUGACCUAUCCAUUAUCGACAGUACGGAACAAAAAAGGACAUAGUGCUUAUAAUGCACAUUGCUUUACCAGAACGUAUGACUUUCUUGGCUACAUUCGAGGCUGAGCAGAACUUCUGUAAAUCAUUGACUUUGACUAAGAAGAAAGACUAGUUCUAGUAUGCUAUUUCCUUCUUGUGUUGGAACAAGAGUUUAUGGCAGGACUUUUGCUCAUGUAAAAUUGAGGGUAGGAUUUAUUUUGAAGUGGUUCUCCAGGUUGAAAUAGUAUGAUUUGAACAGAUAAAGAAAAAUUGGACAAAAAAAACACCCCAAAUUUGAUAUGAAUUGGACAAGGAAUAACAAAGUUAUGACAUUUUAAAAUUUUGCAAUAUUCCGGUGAAACAGCUCUCGGCAUAUCUUCAUGAAUAUUUAAUGAGCAAACUGAUUAUGUCAUAUCCCCACCUGUUCUUUCGUAUUUUCUUACAUGUAUAUGAAAUAAGGCUUAUUAAAAAUUUGGAUUGAAAACUGAUUUAGUGCAUUAGAUAUUCAUUGCUGCACUUUUUUCAAUAUACUGGAGAUAUAUCAUGCACACUUGAAUGAAAUAAUGGAACAAUUAUGAAUUCAGUCAUGUGAAAAGUUUUUAAUAUGUUAUCAGAUUUUGAUGAAAUUUUCAACAUUU